AUGUCUUCAUCCGUGAGCGGGACAGAGGAGGUGCGCGUGUCGGCGUUGACGCCCCUGAAGUUGGUGGGGCUGCUUUGCGUCUUCCUCGCCUUGUGCCUGGACGUGGGUGCCGUGUUGAGCCCGGCGUGGGUCACGGCGGACGAUCAGUACUACCUAUCCCUCUGGGACUCCUGUUGGAAGCCCGUCAGCUCGGCGGAGUGGUCCUGCAAUAGCACGCUGGCCACGGACUGGCAGAUCGCCACGCUGGCCCUGCUGUUGGGAGGAGCUGCACUCACUAUGCUCUCCUUCCUGGUGUCCCUUGCGGCCUUGUGCUGCAGUUCCAGGAGUCGCUGCUACAAGCCCGUGGCCAUCAUGCUCUUCUCUGCAGUGGUCCUCCAGACAUGCAGCCUUGUCUUGUUCCCCAUCAAGUUCAUCGAGGCGGUCACUCUGAGGGUGUACCACGAGUUCAACUGGGGCUACGGCCUGGGCUGGGGAUCCACCAUCUUCUCCUUUGGAGGGGCCAUACUCUAUUGCCUCAAUUCCAGGAACUAUGAAGACUACUAUUAGAACACGGAAGAAUAGGAACACGAUGCCGGGUUGAACUUUGGGUCACACAGCAUGACUAUGGGCUGAAUAACAGCAAAAACAAAAUAUUUGAAACACAGCCUAGGGCUUUCGACUGACCCGAAACGACGAUGAUGGCAUUUUGCUUCUAAAAUUUAAUAUUCUUGAAAAAAAUAAAUAAAAAUAAAAUAUAUAUAUAUAUAUAUUAAAAGCUCGGCAGUCUGGAGCCCUGUAGUCAGAUGCAUGAGAAUCAUGUUAAUUACAAAGAAUAUGUACUGACACAUUCCAUCUUUGUGAUUUUGAUCAAAAGGUGGGGGAAAGGAAUCCACAAUCUGACAUAGGGUAGAUAGCAUCACACAGGUACACUACAUAGUGUGAUUCUAUCUAUCUUGUUUGUGAUAAGGUCCUUCCUUAAACUGUUCCCACAAGGCUACUAAUUCAAACUGAAGCACCAAGUCCAACCCCUGAUUGAUAAACUGAGUAAGAAGUGUGAGUGGCUAUUUUUUGUCGACAUAGUGUAUGUUUCCUUCCCCUGGAACGUCAAGAAGAAUUAGGUAGGCAAUCUGUGCAGAACAGAUGGAUCCAUUGACCCCAUGUGAAGAUGAAUGUGUGGACCGAAUCAACCAAUCAGAGCCAAGAUGGGAAAAUACGAGCAGAAAAUCAACUCAAUCUCCUAAUCAGGGAAGUAAUGGGUCCAGGAAGGAAAAUGUCCUAUUGAGAUGACAUCCUGAGGACGUGCCAAAUAAAAAGGAGCCUUAGUCAAAA